GAUUUUAGGUGUUGCAAUUAUAACGCGGUUUUGUAUCAUCUAGCUAAUGUGUAUAAGACGUUUGCGUAUAUACGUGUUUUAGUGAUUGUAUUUAGAUGCAGCAUCACAGAAUACUGUCGAACGUAUUUACCUUUUAAUUAGAACAGGUAGAUCGCUAUGACAGAAGCCGUUUUCCAGGCGCCUAAACGCCGUGCGAGAGUCUAUGAAUCGUACGAAGCCCCAUUCCCUGUACUAGGCUAUGAAAAUCAAGCUGAUCUGGAGCUACACAUAUACAGGGCAGAAAUCAUGAACCAGCAUGUUAUCGUCAGAGACCCUAAACACAUAGAAGCCUUGUACGGAAAGGGUUAUUUUGGCAAGGGGAUCUUGUCGAGAAGCAGACCCCAGCACAGCAUUUCUGAUACAUGGAAAAAUUUCAAUGACAGAUGUCUACCUGUGAUCUCAUUCUCCAAGUACCAGCAGCACGUGAGAUGGGCCCAAGAUGUCCUCUUGUCGCAGGGGCUGGAUGAAGAUAACGUCAGGGAAAUUCUGGAGAAGUUCACGCACCCAACAGAGUCGAAGUACGAGGAGGAGGGGGAGACGAUUGUGGAGGGGGGGUGUGAAGAUACUCUGCGUCGCUUGGGACGGGGGUCGGAGACAGGGGAACCUCCCCUAGAUCUAGAAUGUUCUGAAUACGAGCCACAUGAUGGCAAAAAUGGCCCCAUAGAGUCUCUUGGGGUGAGGGGCCGGGAGCCAAAGAGGCAGGGCAGCCCCCGGUAUGACCCCCUGGCUGAGCUCUACCCCCAAGAGCCCGAGGGGCUGGAUGAGGGAGCCCUCAAGAACAUGCGGUGCGACCUGCAUGACGACUGGCUCGCCCACUGCGGCUGCCGGCCGGAGCACAUCCUGCCGCCCGCCGCCUCCCACUCGUGCCCUGCGCCACCCACGGGGCACCAGUAUGUGCUGGUGGAGGAAGAUGAGGAAGAGGAGUGUGAGGGUGAUGAAGUCAGCAGUCAUCCCAGGCCCCCGCGACUGGUGUGCAGGAUGGACCCCUUCGGGAUGAUGGAGUACCUUCAGCUCAGCCUGGAGGAGGCCUUCUUUCUCGUCUAUGCCUUAGGCUGCUUAUCCGUCUAUUACGAGGAGGAGCCCCUGACCAUCGCCUGCCUCUGGGAGAGGUUUUGCUCUGCACAGCCCGGCUUCUGCUCCACCUAUGCAGCGUAUCACUACUUCCGGGCCAAGGGCUGGGUGCCGAAGGUGGGGAUGAAAUACGGAGCUGACCUGCUGCUGUACCGGAAAGGACCUCCAUUUUACCACGCGAGCUACUCCGUGGUGGUGGAGGUGGCAGACGACUCCUUCCACGGGGCGACUCUACGGCCGUUCUCCUGGCGGUCCCUGGCGGCUCUGAGCAGGAUCACCGGAAAUGUCUCAAAGGAGCUGAUGCUGUGCUACGUCAUCAGACCCUCGGGCAUGACGAGGGAGGAACUGUCUUCUCCAGAGUGUGUAAAGAGGAUGAAGAUCCAGGAGAUAAUUGUCAGCAGAUGGGUUUCUUCAAGAGAACGGACAGAACAAGAGGAAAUCUGAUACGGACCAUCUAAAUAUUUAAUUACAGGUUCAGCUGUUAUGUUUAACAGAAGUUCAGACCUGAAAACGGGUUAUGUCCUUCUUAUUAGUACCUCAGUUGGAGGAUAAUUUAUCUCACAUAUUAGAAUAAUUUAUCCAACAUAUUAGAUACACAGCAUAUCUGUCACACCUUUCUGCUAAGGACAUGCAGGAAACCCAAACAGUAUUUUCUGUUCAUGAAUUGGUUAUUUUACUAUAUCAUUUGUGAAGUAACAAUGUAACAAACACAUAAAGAAACUUUUGAUAUCUGAAAGUUACAUGUAUCUAGUAAUAGUUUAUAUAGAAUCAUUGUGCGGUUAUUCAGGUAAUAAAAUGAGACCGUCGUAGAUUGUACUAUGAAAA